UUAAUGCUGUAUUGGUGAUCUAUCUAGGCGAUAGAGUUCAUUGAAAUGAAGCGGUCCUCAUUUGUACUAUUCUGUGAAUGUUUUCCUUUUUCCACUUGUUUUCUAUUCUUGUCGGUCGCAGUUAAUCUGUAUAUCGUCUCGUUAACUGUUCAGAAUUUUACAUUAUACAUAUCACACUACAUCAGUUUACACAUGGCGAUUGAUAAAGUAUUCAAAACGCGUAUGUCGUGCCAACGAUGUGAAUUUCACAGAGAAAGUUUUACCGAGUUGCACUGCCGAUACUACCAUAGUAAGGGUAGUUUCAUAGACUAGGCGGACACACCCCUUCUUGAAAUUGCCUUACGCCUACCCUGCAUAGCGCGAACACCCCUAUCGUUUCUCGCAGUAUCCCAAUUUUUUCCAAUUUUAAUUCCACGCAACACGUCUUCAUCUCAAAAUUAUUAUUCUUUUGAUUGAAAUAUAAAGGGGUUUGACUGAAAGGUUCGGUAUAACAUUUAUGUAAAAUUUGUUACGGAAUAUAGUUUGUGGCUCCUGUAGUGGUUGUGAAUUGUAAAUUAAUGUUUUGAUGAAUCGGUAUGGUUGUCAGAAGUGUUGUUUUUGAAAGUUUAAGUCCAGUUUAAUAAUUAAUGGAAGCGGAUCGUUUUUACUCCCUAGAGGCGGGAAAAUAUAAAUUCAUCCAAACUGGAACUAAUGGAAUUGGAAAAUAUUGUUGCAAAUACGGUGUAUUUGAAAGCACGAGAGGGUGGUUCUGAUAGUAAUAAGGGUAAAAGUAAAAAGUGGAGGAAGAUUUUACAAUUUCCACAUAUCUCACAAUGCCUAGACCUUCUAAACAAAUUAGGAUAUAUUACAUUCACAGAUGUGCGAUAUGAGUAUGUGGUGGAUCAGCAGCCCAUUGGGAAGCUCCUUUUCCAACAGUGGUGUGAGGCAAAAAGACCCCAAUAUCACCGUUGCCUUAAGUUUUUAACUGCUACAGAACGUUAUGAGGUUGAGACUGAUGAUCAAAGAAUCGAACUUGCAGAUGCCAUCAAGAAGGAGUUCAUGGUUGGAAGGGAAGGAGAGGAGAUCCUGUCCCUUCCAGAGGUGGGAAUUGAGCUUGCUGCAGGGGAUAAAUUAAUCAAUGGACAUAAGGAUCUUUUUGCUCCUUGUAUUCAAGUGGUUAAGACGUUUUUGGCUGUGGAACCUUUUAAAGAUUUUACAAAAUCAAUGUAUUUUCAUCGGUAUCUACAGUGGAAGUGGCUUGAGGCACAACCUGUUACAUACAAAACGUUUCGUAUGUAUAGGGUUCUUGGAAAAGGAGGGUUUGGUGAAGUAUGUGCUUGUCAGGUACGAGCAACUGGAAAAAUGUAUGCUUGCAAAAAAUUAGAAAAGAAACGAAUUAAGAAAAGAAAAGGUGAAGCAAUGGUGUUAACAGAAAAGCAGAUUUUGCAAAAAAUAAACUCAAGGUUCGUGGUUAGUUUAGCAUACGCUUAUGAAACUAAAGAUGCUCUUUGUCUUGUACUUACUAUAAUGAAUGGUGGCGAUUUGAAAUUUCAUAUAUACAAUAUGGGAGGCGAGCCUGGACUUGACAUUGCCAGAGCCAGGUUCUAUGCUGCCGAAGUUGUCUGUGGACUCGAUCAUUUACAUCAACAGGGGAUUGUAUACAGAGACUGCAAACCAGAAAACAUACUUUUAGACGACGAAGGUCACGUUAGGAUCUCAGAUUUAGGGUUGGCAGUUGAUAUUCCGGAAGGGGAAUCUGUAAGAGGCAGAGUAGGAACAGUGGGUUACAUGGCACCAGAAGUGAUUGACAACGAACGUUAUACGUUUUCCCCAGAUUGGUUCAGUUUUGGUUGUUUAUUGUAUGAAAUGAUUGAAGGCCAGGCUCCGUUUAGGGCGCGAAAGGAGAAGGUCAAAAGGGAAGAUGUUGACAGACGAGUCAAAACGGAACAGGAAAAAUAUUCGAAUAAAUUCACGGAAGAUGCCAAAUCUCUGUGCCAACAAUUACUGGCCAAGAGCCCCGCGCAAAGGCUCGGGGGCAGAUCGGGUAGAUGCGGGGCUGUUUUGGUUAAGCAACACAUAUUCUUUCAAAGUAUUAAUUGGAGAAGACUGGAAGCCGGCCUGGUGGAAGCUCCUUUUGUGCCAGAUCCUCAUGCCGUUUAUGCAAAAGACGUGUUAGAUAUCGAGCAAUUUUCUACUGUUAAGGGUGUGAAUAUUGACGCUAACGAUAGUACGUUUUAUAGUAAAUUUAACACAGGUUGUGUGUCGAUCCCUUGGCAAAACGAAAUGAUCGAAACAGACUGCUUUAGACAGUUGAACGUUUUCGGCCCCGGUGGCACUCGGUCCCCUGAUCUGAUAUUAAACUCGCCUAGUAAUCCUGAAAAUAAAGGGUGCUUUCCUUUCAGGCGGAAGAAAAAAUUGCCCCCUCGCCUGCGGCCGGUACCAAUCAAUCCGGCGCUCCUACCCCAGGGUCUAGAGAGCUGAUGAUGUGGUAUUUAGUACUUAAGAAACGAUUUCAUCACCUUUUUAUUAAUCAAUUAAUUAAAGAAUUGAAAAGAAAUUUAUAACUACCAUCAUUGUCUUCCUUUUACCUCUUUUGCACAAUUUGGUCGUGAAAACACGUGUUCGUUAUCAUGAUAAUCAUCAACUUCAUAAUCAUUAAUAUAAUUAUUAUUACGUUAUUAUCGUCGACAUUAUAACUAUUGCUAUUAUUAUCGUCAUCGUUAGUUUUUACAACAACUGUUGUAAUCUUUCUCUGUAAAUAGUACUUAAAAUAGAAAUUUUUUCAAUUUCGAUACUUAGACCGCAUGAAAUAAAUUUUUUAUAAAAAUCUUGUAACGAACCAAUUGCAUGAUUUUGGUAAAGAUUAUACAUUUUAAAGAUAUAAUGGACUAAACAAAUACCAAUUUUUUGUUUUCCAUUUUAUGUUUUUGGUACAAACUGGACGCAAAUAGUUCCUUAUUCUCUUCUCAAUUGAUAUUUAGACAAACAUUUUAUAACUUCUUUGCAAUAAUUUGAAUUUUGUCAAAAGCACAAAAAAUUUACUGGCGAAGCGCAUUUUAGAUUUUUUUUAACCUUUUUUCGUGAAUUACCCCAACAUGUAAACGUUCGUUACAUUUUUUGCUAGCGGCAAGUGUACUAUUAUUAUGAUAACUAUUACUAUUACAUACAAUUAAAUAUUGUUAAAUUUAAAAUAUUCGUAACGUCGUAGAUUGUUGUCACUUUCGUCGUCGUUAUGUAUAGCUACGGUCGCGAGCGCAGUUUUUGGCAUUUAUUAGUAAUUUUUUAUUGUAAUUGACAAGUUUUAUACCUUUUUAUAAGAUAAAUGUAUUGUCGGACAGAAACUUGUAAGUAUAUUUUUUAAAAAUUGCAAUCGAUCAUUGUUAGGUGUACAUAUGUUUGUUAACACUUUGAAAUCUCAACAAAAUUCCUAGUGAAAUUUUUUUAGUUGAGUAGAAUCGUCCUUAUGCAUUCAUCAAAAGAUAGGAGUACCUCACCGUAUUAAAUAAAAAAUGUGGUAAUAUUUAAGUUUAGAGAGCUUUCAGUUAUUACAACAUCAAAAUUUAUAACUUAGGAGCGAUUAAUUAAUACAAUUAAAAUGGUUAACGACUAAAUUUUAAUUAAAAGUUCCCAUCUUUUUUCAAAUUUGCUCAAAGUUUUUGAAGACUUAACAACUUAAAUGUAACGUCUAAUUAUUGUCUGUUGAGAUUUCAGAUGUGUAAUUUUUUAAGUUCCUGUUUUUUAUAUUGUUUUUGAGUAGUCAAAACGCAAACACUGUAUAAUAUAAUAUUUAUUAAUCGAAAACGCAACAUGAGUACAUAAUAUAAAAUUCAACAAGACCAUAGAGUAGACAACUGCAGUUUCCAAAGGUUGGAUUCCAUUCGUACAACUGGAUGUUUAUUCAUUCUACACACAAUUUUGGCGUACAUUAUUAUCAUAUAUCUUAGGUAGAGAUAAUCGAUGUAUAUUAAAAAAAGACCAUUAAAAUGUUUUUGUGAUAUAA